AAAAUAAACACCUUACAUAUGAAAGAUAUCUAUACAUUCACCUGUAUUAUCUGAAUGAGAAAUGAUUGUCGAUAAUUCGGAGAUCUUGAGGAAGAGAAAAUUUGCACGGAUUAUUAAGCAGAAAUUUGGCUGACAAAAUGUGCUGUUAUUUGUUAGAAUAUUACUUAUUCCAUCUUUAUUUUCAAAGAGGUCGUCGUGCUAUAUCAAGAGUCAAAUUAGCAUAUGUGCUUUGUGGCUUUGGCAUGAUAGCACUACUAGAAUUUUUUGGAGCAUUUGUGCACAUAUUUGAGGUCACGUACGAUGAAAACUUUGUAUAUCCAUACGAAGGCAAUGUACAUGAAUUUGUGAAUGCUUUGCGACGUAAUGAAAAACCUCAAGUCGAACCUAUAAAUGAGUAUAGAUAUGCUUUUAUCUUAAAACAGCCACAAAAAUGUAAGGAAAAUGCAGACGAUACGCUUCGACUUGUAUAUAUAGUAAAAUCAGCUAUAGAAAAUUUUGAUAGAAGAACUGCUAUACGAAAUUCGUGGGGAAUCGAAAAGAGAUUCUUUGAUGUGCCAACGAAAACUAUUUUUAUGGUGGGUACGCAUCCGGAUGACCAAGAAGUUGAGGCCAAACUAAAGCUAGAGGCAGGGAUUUACAAAGAUAUCGUGCAGGCAGAUUUUAUAGAUUCGUACUAUAAUAAUACUAUAAAAACAAUGAUGAGUUUCAAAUGGUUAGUAAAGUAUUGUCCCAAUUCAAAGUUUUACAUGUUCGUCGAUGAUGAUAUGUAUGUAUCUGUAAAAAAUGUAGCGACAUUUAUUAGAAAUCCAACUAAUUAUCCAUUUUACUUAAUGGAAUCCAGAAAAGUGUACAGUGCACACAAAAAAAGAGAAAUCAAACAGUCGGAUUUAAUGGAUUAUAAUGAUAUCAAUUUUAAUAAUAAAAGUGCAACAUAUGACUUAAAAAUUAAAACGUUUUUUACGGAAGAUUCAACUAUUCAUGAAUCUACAAAUAACAAUAGUUGGAAAAAUAUGCACGAGAAACAAGAAUUCAAGGUCAAUAAUAGAAAAGUAGAAAAUGAACACUUGCUUAGAUUUUUUAACAAAUCUAUGUCAAAUAGAAUAAAACGACAGCUUUUCGAUUUUGAGCUGCCAGAUGAUAUUAGACUGUUUGCAGGAUUCGUAUUUAUGCGAUCUGCGCCACAUCGGCAUAAAUUUUCUAAAUGGUACGUCACAUUAAAAGAAUAUCCGUAUCAUUUAUGGCCACCAUAUGUUACAGCCGGUGCAUACAUUUUGUCUAAAGAAGCUCUAAUGGAUUUGUACUACACCAGUUUUUACACCAAGCAUUUCAGAUUUGAUGACAUCUUUCUAGGUUUAAUAGCUAAAAAAGCUGAUAUAGUACCGUUUCAUUGCGAAGAGUUCCACUUUUAUAAGAAAGCUUAUACAAAACAUAGUUAUACAUAUGUUAUAACAUCUCAUGGAUAUGAAGAUCCAAACGAACUCUUACAAAUUUGGAACGAACAGAAAGCUCUUGGAAACGCUUAAAUUUAUAUAAAUGAUGCAAAAAAAUUUUGCAAUAUGUAUUAUAUA